UAACUUUUUUACGCACACAUAAACAAAAACAUGAAACAGUCUAACCUCAAAUCUUCGAAAAUCCACUAGAGACAAAUUCGGUGUUUUUUACCUUUAGGGACGAUUGGGUCAUAUAUGACCCAUGAAAAUUAUGAAGCUUUCUUGAAAAUACCAAUAAACUAUAAUUUUUACUUUGUUGAGAAAUAUUAUGUAUAGUUAUUAUAGUUUCUAGUCCCAAGAGGUUUUUGCUUUGAAAAAAUUAGAAAUAUUAAAAAUAUUAAAAUUCAAGCAUCAACGUGAAAAUUUGAAAAUUCGUUAUUUUUGAGCUCAAACAUUUUUUAUAUAGCAAAUAGCUGGAGAUUUUCAAAAAAUAUCCUAGAUUCCUACAUCUUUCUACUUUGUGAUUUGGUAAAAACAUUAGAAAGUAAUAACUUCAGGUAGUCAGGAAAAAUUAUUUUCUCUAUAGGUCACGGGUGACCCAGUCGUCCUUAAAGGGUUAAGGGUGUUCGAAUUGCAUCCAGUGAGCUUCACUGCACUUGAUUCCACGGGCGUGGGACAGACAACCUCAUCCCGUACAAGAAAUAAUAAUAAUGCAUGUCUAGAAAUCCCCUUGCGGGAAGGCCUUGUUCCUUCAUGGAAUGUUGCGCCAGCAUUGUUAUUAUCACUUCUUCCUAUAAACUAUGAAUCACAUAACCGAAUUUUUGCUUUCAGAAUUUAGAGAAAAAUUGAAAUAUUCAAAGACUGACGCAAUAAAAUGCAGGCCAGUUUCUCUUAAUAUCUUGCUGAAUAAAUCGCGAAAAAUCACAAAACACUACGCAUAAAUCCAGUUCCAAAAUAAAAGCUGUAUAUUAUACUAAGGUUUGUGUAUGUAUGAAUUUAUAAUGUUUCAGAUUAGAUAGACAAUUUUCAUUUAAUAAAACGUCUUUGCUGCCAGUCAUUCAGUGCGAAGAAUUCUCUGAAAGUGUUCGGACGUGAAAUAGAAUACUCCAAAAAAAUAAACUCGCGAAAUUAAUUGAAUUAACUACAGUAUGAUUUGGUUAGUGCUAGCAAUUUCUGUAGUGGCUUUGAUAGCCGUUGUGAUGAAGAGGAAGGAGGAAGAGAAGAGAAAAUUUUUUGAAUCCAAGGGCAUCAAAGCCAAUAAGCCAAGAUUCUUUCUCAUUACAAUGUACAAAUUGAUAAUGAAACAGAUGGGAAUUGUAGACAUGGUCGAAAGUCUUUACUAUGAGUACCCGGAAGAUGACAAAGUUGUUGGCUUCUGGGAUGGAAAUACACCCAUUAUUAUGAUGAAAGAUCCAGAUGUUAUUAAAAAUUUCUGUGUGAAGGAAUUUGAACACUUUCAAGACCAUAGGGACUUUCUUUCAGAAAAAAUGGAUCCACUGUUUGGAAAUUCUUUAUUUGUGCUAAGGGAUCAGAAAUGGAGAGAUAUGAGGGCUACCCUAAGCCCUGCUUUCACAGGUAGCAAAAUGCGCCUAAUGUGUGAUCUUAUUGUAGAGAUCGGAGUUCAAAUGGCAGAAUUUUUGCAAAAAGAGGCAAAAGAGAAGGGACCUCAAACCUACGAGAUGAAGCAACUCUUCUCAAGGGUCUCCAAUGAUGUCAUCGCAACCUGUGCCUUUGGAAUAAAUGUGGAUUCCUUGAAACACAAAUCUAACGACUUCUACUUGACAGCAAAAAUUCUUUCUGAUUUUGAUAGCGUAGGAAAAAUGCUUCGUAUGACCUUCUAUCGAUUCUUCCCCAAAUUCUCGAAUGUCAUCGGAUUGAAAUUUAAUCCAGAUAAGGAAUCAAAUUUCUUCAGAAGCUUAGUUACUGAUGCCAUGAAGUACCGAGAGCAACAGAAUAUCAUACGUCCUGAUAUGAUCCACCUCUUGAUGGAAGCCAAGAAGGGAAACCUCAACCACGCUAAAACCGAAAAGGACACCGCAGGUUUUGCUACAGUUGACGAAUCAAGUGCUCAAUGGAAAAAAUCUAAUAGAAAUUGGUCAGAGACAGAAAUUGUUGCUCAGUGUUUCCUAUUCCUUCUCGCAGGAUUCGAAACAGUAUCUUCUGCUUUAAGUUUCACAGCCUAUGAGAUUUGCGUUAAUCCAGAUGUCCAGGAAAGACUCUAUGAAGAAAUAAAGACAGUUAAUGAGAAUUUACAAGGCCAGCGAAUAAAUUACGAGACUUUGCAAAAGAUGAAAUACCUAGAUAUGGUGAUUUCGGAGUCAUUAAGAAAAUAUCCACCGGCAACUGUUACGGAUAGGGAAUGCAAUAAAGAUAUUACAUUGGAUCUUUUCGAGGGGCUAUCAUACGAAUUCAAGAAGAAAUACAGUAUGUGGAUUCCAAUCUAUUCUCUUCACAGAGAUCCCAAAUACUUCCCCAAUCCUGAAAAAUUCGAUCCUGAACGCUUUAGUGAUGAGAACAAAUCAUCAAUCAAUCCGAAUGUUUACGUUCCAUUUGGAGUUGGUCCGAGGAAUUGUGUCGGUUCCAGAUUUGCAUUGAUGGAACUCAAGACGUUGAUUUACUAUAUGAUGUUGAACUUUUCACUUGAAGUUACAGAAAAAACUCAAAUUCCUCUUAAGUUUGGAAAAUCUUUUAGUUCUCUGGCUUCAGAGAGUGGAAUUCAUAUAAAACUUCGCCCGAGGAAUUAAUUUGUUCCGAAACUAUUGCACUCCGACAAGAGCAUUAAUUGUAUAAAAAAUAAAUAAUAUGAAAAUAAAAGUAAAGUAUUGAAAAAAAAGAAAGCAAUAAAAAAAUUCAUUGAAUGAUAA